AUGUGAGUGGCUGAGCAGAAGUCUCUUUCAUUUCGUUUCUCAUUCUGUGCUUUGUUUGUAUGUUAUAAUCGUUUUGGUUUGUUUUCCAUGGAUCCAUCGGGUUGACAUUAUUGUGUAUACCGAUGGAAAGGACAAUAACAAACAAAUUGAAAUAUAGCCAUAAAACCAUACAGUCGAUUUGUGUCCUCGUUUCUCACAUUUGACCAUCUUCGUCAUCAACCAUUAUAAUCAUCAUCGGUGCGAAGAAUCACUAGCUCACUAAUCGCUUCGUCAUCCAUUUGUGACGGUGGCCAUUUAUCUCAUCUCGACAACAACAACAACAACAACAACAAAAUUCAUUUGUGUGAACAAAUAUCUUCAAAUGUGUAGGCGUUAAGACUGAAUUAUUUGUGUUGCUGGUCAAAAUUCUCAAAAACUUCAUUUCUUCAAUCACCAGCAUUUACUUGUUCCAAUUUUGAUGUGGAAAAAACCCUUCUUAUCAUAAAAUUUUGUUUAUGUCAUCAAAACAUGUGUAGUUAAUCAUUUUAUUCUUCAUUUUUUACAUAAAUAUUCGGAUCAAGUGAUACACAAUAAGCUAUGAUAUUGAAGAAAUGAUUAUCAUCAUUCUCAUUUGUCUUCAUAUGUGUAUCGUUUGCUGACAUUAAUAGACUUGAUUUUUAGCUGACUAGAAGACUUGAUGAACACAAACAAAUAACAUCAAUAUUUAUCAACUUGUCGGUGAUAGAAAAAACGAAAACAACACACAUACACAAAGGAGAAAAAAUGCGUUGCACAAUUUGUCUGUAAUCAUUAACUAAAAAAAACAAUAAUUUCAUCGUUUGUUCAUUUUAAUUUCAUUCGAUCAUCCUAAUCGUAAUCGAAUAUUAAAUCGAUCUAUGUCAAUCCAUUUGUGGAUGGUUCGUAUUUUAUAAAAUUCAAGUUUUUCUCUGUGAUUAUAACUGGCCUGUUUUUUUGACUUAAAGAGUCAGCAAAUUGGGCUUGGUUGAACGUCGAAAGAAAUUCGUUGAUCAACAAUAAAUAUUGUAAUAGAAUCGGCUUGUUCAAGCAUUUACUUUUAAAAUUUCAUUAUGGAUCAUUUAAAAUUAGCGUCAAUUUUAUUACUGCUUCUGAUAGUUGCCCAAUCUAUCCUACAUGUAUAUUGCCUUGAUAAUGAUGAAUCUGAAACAUCUAAAUUGAAAAAUACUGGUAAAAAAGCAACAUUGGUUGAGAAAAAAUUGGAUGCAAAACUCAUAAAACAAUCACAACAACAGCCAUCUUUAUUAGAGCCAACAAAAGCAUUGUCAUCGUCGUCAUCAUACAAUGGUCGUGAUCUGAUUAAUCAAACAACCGAUGAAACGACAAUUAUGACAACGGAUGAUGAUUUCGAUGAAAACAAAGCGUUUCAUGAAUAUGAAGAAGAAUUUCACCGAAAUAAUUCUGAAGCCGUAUUGAAGAUGAAUUUCUCCUAUUUUGAAAUGGAAUUCAUUCAGGAUCCAGCCAAAGCAAUGUCUAAAUGGAUUGAUGUAAAAUCAUUCAAUGACAGCAAUUAUAAACAUGAAGUAUUGUCGAAUUCACAUCGUCGUGCUGCGGCCAUAUCUUUACCAUUCAAUUUUUCAUUCUAUGGUCAUGAUUUGACUAAAAUAACCGUUGCAACCGGUGGUUUUCUUUACAUGGGUGAACAUGUACAUGCAUGGCUAGCUGCUACACAAUAUAUUGCUCCAUUGAUGGCUAAUUUUGAUACAAGAAAUUCAAGUCGUGCUCAAAUCCUUUAUGGCUUUAAUUCAACCGUGUUUGUUGUACAAUGGGAUAAUGUCCGAUUACAAGGUGAUCCCGACAAAGAAUUUACCUUCCAAUGUUCAAUAUAUUCGAAUGGUGAUAUUGCAUUUGUCUAUAAAAAAAUACCAGUUCCCAUUGAUCAUAUAAAUGAAAAUGAACAUCCAGUCAAAGUGGGUGUAUCGGAUGCUUAUUUUAUUCAUCGACAACAGAUAUUUGUACGACGUAAAACCAUUUAUGAAUACCAUAAAAUCGAUUUGAGGAAAAAUGAAGCGAAUAUAAACAUCAAGGAUAAUACGGCCAUAUUCUUGAAGGCAUUGCCAACCUGUAGUCAAUUUAAAGAUUGUCAAUCCUGUUUAACGGGCAAUUCAUCAUUUUCUUGUGUAUGGUGUGAUGCUGUCAAACGCUGUUCAGAUGGUUAUGAUCGUCUAAGACAGGAAUGGGUUUUACAUCAAUGUGAUCAUAAGGCCACCAAUGAAGUGGGUAAAUGUGCUGCUCCAAUAGUACCAUCAUCGCCUCAGUUUCCAACAAGUUCCAUAUUCAAUCAAUCAACGACUAAUGGUAAUACUAACAUGAUCACUCCCUCACCGACAGUCUUUCACAAUUCCAAUUCAACUGCCGUCAUCAAUGAACACCGUGGUAAUAUUCCAUCAUCGGAUAAUAUUGACAUUCAUUCAGAUAAGAAAAAUCUCACCAACUUAGAGUACAAUACGCAAGAGCAACGUAUCGGUGGAAAUAUGUCUGCAUCGAAUAAGAAUCGAACACCGACUGCCCAUUCGUCGUUGGCAAUAAGUCUAUUUUUCAUCAUUAGUCUCACUCUUGGAUUAAGUUUAUGGAUUAUAUAUGCAUAUCGUAAUCCGACAUCAUCAUCGGGACUAUUUUUGAUUCGUUGGCGUCCAUCAGCAUGGCGAUGGAAUACCGAUACACGUUAUACUGCCGCAUCGAUCCAUAUGUAAAGUGAACACUAAAUGGACAAACAGCGGUUUUUGUUUCAAGCCUAAAAAUCAUCGUUACUAGUUCAUUCAUUAAUAUCAAUCAUUCCCGCACAUAUCUCAUAUUGCAUGAAAAUUCAACAUUGCAUUCGCCCGCGCCUUUGAAAUUUCAAAAUUUCAUCAAUAUUUAUGGGAAGCAUGGCAAUAUAGCAUAAAAACAUCAAUAGUUUCAAUUCAUAAUAAAACCGCUUGUUUCAUUAUUAUGUUCCGUGCCUUCAUUAUAACUAUCGAAGCUUCAACCCAUAUUACUGUGAAUCCAUUUUAUUGUGGCAUCCUCAAUCGAAUAGAUGAGAAACAUUUUUGAAAACGCAAAUAUAAAUCGACAAACAGUUGUGAUACUUAUAUUAAUCGACGAUUAAACAUUUUUUGAUCA